AUGGUGAGGCCAUUGGCACGGUGUGCCCUACAAGGGGUAUACGACAGGGGGACCCAUUAUCCCCAUAUCUUUUCAUCCUCUGUGCUGAAGGAUUAUCCUUACUGUUACAACAGGCUGAGGCACGAGGUGACAUUCAUGGGGGUAACUCAAAAUGAAGCUUUAACAAUCAAAGAGUGUCUAGAGUUGUACAGUGCGGCAUCGGGACAGCUAAUCAAUUUUGAAAUGUCAAACGCCGUGUUCAGCUUCAAAACACACCCUGCUAUGCAUGAGCUGAUUUCAAGAUACAUUGGCGUUCAGAUAGCGGAUGACUUGGGCCAGUAUUUAGGCCUUCCCUCGGUGCUUGGCAGAAACAAAACGGCCAUAUUCAGGUACAUUGAGGAGAAGAUCCGAGAACGUAUAGGCAUGUGGCAACAUAAACUUCUGUCAAGGGCAGCCUUACUAGCAAAGCAAGGGUGGCGGCUUUUAAUCUAUCCGGAGUCGAUGGUUAGCAGAUUAUUGAAAGCAAAGUACUUUUCGAAUAGCGAGUUUUUGGAGGCACAAAUUGGGAACAAUCCUAGUUACUUAUGGCGGAGCAUCAUCGCAGGUCAGGAGAUCCUGAAGAUGGGGGUGGCUCGCCGUAUCGGUGACGGCGCGGACACUAGAAUAUGGGGUUGGGGCUGGUUGUCGGACGACUCUAAUCCUUACCUACAUACGCCUUGUAUUGACGAGUUACGGGAUGCCCGUGUAAGCGGCUUGCUGACGGCCGAGGGGAACUGGGAUACAGAUGUUGUAAGAGACAUUUUUGUGGACAAUGACGUGCAAAGGAUUCUUGCAACUCUGAUAAGCUUCAUAUUCAAAGAUUCGUGGAGGUGGAUUGGCGACUUGAGGGGGAAGUACACGGUGAAACAGGGAUACCAUUUACUUAUGAACAACGAACGACGAACUGACGAGGUCGAAGGCUUCAAUGCGUCGAAAAAGUUAUGGACGCUGCCAAUUCCGCCAAAGGUUGAUAUUCUUCAGGGUCGUUCGUUGCCAUCGGUCAUGGACUCAAUUCUGGGUGACUCCGACAUGAGGAAGGCCAUAGCGAUGGCAGCCAUAGUGGACGUGAUAUGGUUGACAAGGAAUGAGAUUGUCUGGCGUAAUGCUUCGCCGGCCAUAUUGGCGAUGCAUAACAAGGUACACGCGCUGCAAACUGCAUGGCAGGAAACGUUCAGUAGCCUCGUGAGAGGGGUGACAGUCACUAAUGCCGCUGUCUGGAAUCCACCACCGAGGGGAAGCCUAAAAUGCAAUGUCGACACUGCUAUCUUCUCGGGUGGCGUUGGCUUCGGCGCUGUUCUCCGGGACCAUACUGGUCGGUUUGUGGCGGCUAAAAGUGGCCGUAUUGAGGACACUCAAGAUCCUUUCAUGGUGGAGGCGAUUGCGGCGAAGGAGGCUCUAACUUAG